ACGACUCAAACCCGAAGACUCGGGAGGUGAACGAAUCAAUUCUCUUUCCGGCUCUGACUGCAUAGGUUUAGCUUAUGGGGCUGUCACGUGAAGAACGAACGACUCAAACCCGAAGACUCGGGAGGUGAACGAAUCAAUUCUCUUUCCGGCUCUGACUGCAUAGGUUUAGCUUAUGGGGCUGUCACGUGAAGAACGAACGACUCAAACCCGAAGACUCGAAACAGAAAGGCCUGUGGCAUGUGUAGUCUUCUACAGAUCAGUUAAGAUGACUAAAUUAUCAUACAUCACGUGCAUUAUACUUAACCUUUGUACAUUUGCUGUCGGCACUUUACUGUAUGUGUCUCAACUAGAGUCAGCAGUGAGAGUUCAGCCUGGACGCACCACAACUCUUCACUGCUUCACACCAGACGACGGACACUUUAAAGUGUUUUGGUUAAAAUUACAAAACGGUUCUGCUCUGGUUCUUGUGGCUUUGGCUGAAUCAGACAAAACUGGUAUAAUAGUUGGAGAAAAAUUUCAGGACGCCUCAAAGUAUAGAUUGACAUGGAACCAGCUCAGCUUCAAUCUCUCAGUACUGAACAUCGAGCAAACAGACAUCGCUGUGUACUUCUGUGGGAUUAUUAUUUUUAAUAGGAUGUUUUUUGGAAAUGGAACAAGACUGAUGUUUGAAGAGCAUUUUAAUGGAACAGGGCUAGUUAAAGAAAAAGAAGACCACUGGAGUGACCAUUUAUUUGUCUAUGCUCUGCUCACACUGGUGCCAGUCACUGUGGCCUCAAUACUUCUCAACAUCAUCCUGUAUCUACAAAAAACAGAUACAUCGAAGAACCAAAGAUUUGUCCGAAGUCAUAAACUUGGUAAAAUACAAAUGUUUGUUUUAAAAGAUGUGGAGACCCAGGUUGUAUACACAGCUGUAAAAGAUGAUUGAUUAUGUAUUUAAUAUUUGAUUGAAUAUUUGAUUGUUGUCAUAAUAUUGUUUUAACAAAUAAAA